UUCUCGUUCUUUUAUAUUAUUUAUUAUUACCAAAAUCUUAUCAAUUGAAUAAGAACAAUUUAUUUUAAUAUAUUUGAAAACUAGCUUGAAAUGUUUCGCUUUGUGAAGUGUAACCAAACCAAAAACUCAUAUUUUUCGACAUUAAUUAGCUUAUUUUGAAAUCCCAAAUGCGGCUACCCUGAAGUUUUAUUUAUUUACCAUUUUGUGUCAAAACAAUCUUAAAAGAUUUUUACUUCGGCAUAUCUCAUCAAUGAAAUAUAUAGUUUAAGAUGCGUACUAGCUAUAAGAAGAAUCGUCCGUUUGAUUUCAAGCUCAUCGAUCACGUAGAGCCCAACACUUUACUAUACAGACGGCAAACAGGACUCUCCAACUAUGACAUGAUGAAGGCCAAGACAGAAGCCUGGGCCAGAAUAGCAGAAGUUAUGGAGUGCGAUGUUAACUUCUGCCUGAUGCGUUGGAACAAUUUGCAUUAUCAAUACAGAAAGGAGUUGCGACGCCCUAAUGGCUCAACUUGGCCAUACUUUGAUCGAUUGCAAUUUCUAUCAGAUCCCCAGCUCCGCUCCAGAGCGAAGGCCACCUCUCAUUGCCCGCCACAACAGCAGCCACAGCAUAUAGAGCUGCCAAGGCAGCAAGAGGACGCCUUGGUUGAUCAGGAUCCAUGGCAGUCGUAUAACGAUUGUGUUGUGAUGCAAGUUGGCGAUAUUGAACAGCAUGCGGAUAGCACAUUUGUUAUCGAAGAGAUUAUAGAGUCCAACGAUCAGAUGGUUCACGAGGAGAUCAUCUAUGAAGAAGAGCAGCUGGCGAGAAUUGAAUCAACAGUUGAGACAGUUUCACCUUCCAGUGCAGAUACACAAAUAGCACAAUUGCUGGCAUCGCCUGCCAACGAUUAUUUAAAAAUGAACAGUAUUCUUCAACAGCUUCCGAGCAAUCACAAAAGAUUAGCAGAGCGUCGCAUCAUGGCAUUUGCACUCAAAUGCCAACUGAGAGCUUUGGUGGAUGAGUCCAUCGAUGAUUUAAUUAUUUAGAGGCGCUUGCAAAUGUGUAUAAUUUGACUUUAAUAAACAAAACUAAAAGAACAUUGCCUCUAUGCGUCGAUUUUACACUUGUCCAGAUCAUGCCAGGCAAUCUUUGGCUUCACGAUGAACUGUUCCC